CCAAGUGGUGAUGCCGCAGAAGUGCAUCAUUUCUUUUCUACGUGUGUUCACAGGCCUGCUGGGGAUGGUGGCCCACAUGAUGUUCACCACAGCCUUCCAGCUGACUGUCAGUCUGGGCCCCGAAGACUGGAAACCUCAGACAUGGGACUACAGUUGGUCAUACAUAUUAGCGUGGAGUUCCUUCACAGCGUGCAUGGCGUCCUCCGUCACGACCAUCAACCGCUACACCAAAACCAUCCUGGAGUUCAAGCACAAGCGAAGGAACAUUGAGAAGAACUUAAAGAUCAAGCAGAAGCUGUUGGAGCUGGACGCUCCCGAGCAGGUGUGGGACAUGUACAUCAGCUCGGUGCCAAGUACUGCAGAGGAGCUGCUGGACCUUUCGUCCAACGGCCGCAAACUCUCCAACACCUCCAUCUUCUUGGACCUCAACGACCUGCCGGGCCAGCAGGGGGAAGAAUACUGCUAGAGGAGCUAUUAAUUGAUCAAACGUCAUUAUGUCAUGGGUUUUAAUUACUGGGGAGGGGGCGGGGGGGUACUAACAAAAAAGUAAAAUGUGUUCUUGCAGAUGAACCCUUUCAGGGACAGCGGUUACUACAGUGGACAGUUUAUCGUGUUAUCAGGUUACAGGGUGCAUUAAAUGGUCAACAUAAGAACUGAUUGUUUUAGUUCCCCGCCCUGUAAAUUGCUACAUGCACUUGUUCAGUGAAAUCAGAUCUAAGAUAGAGUCUCAAAUAGUUUCCCUUCACAAAUCUUGUAAUGGUCACUUCUGAUGAUGUCAGAGAUUCAUUACCUCCACCAAUGAGACUUUGAUCAUAAUCCAUGUGCAUUUAAUAUUUUGGAAAGUUUUUGUAUUGGGUCUUAUUAUACAGUAUUGUAUCAUGAGUGGGCACAAAAAAUACAUUCUUGAAAAGUUUAUUUAUUUAUUUAAAUUGAAUGAAAAAGUGCCGAAUCUUUGUGACUGCACUAAGAUGAGAUCUGGAGAAAAUGGAGCUUGGGUCUUGUAGAAUAAUUUCUGUACAGCCUUCAUAAGAGUGUAAAUGUGUAUAUUAAAAAAAAAUGUAGACUACAGUGGUCGCAGAAGUCUCGACAGGCUAUGCUGAGUGCCUUGGCUCGCUAUAGGAUGCUUUCCAUCAAACAAUGACUGUCGUAGACACUCACACGAUUGAUGGCAACGCUAUUUCGUUCUCUAGUAACAACUGUGCCAACUGCCAAAUGUGAUCAGUUGAAGGGUUGCAUUCUGUGUGACCCGAUCAUGUAUCUCGAUGUUGUGUUACUAUAUAAAUGUACACAUUUAAAAAACACAACCAAGUUAUUUAAAUGUAUUUGAAAGAGUA